GCGCUCCGGGCCCGGACGCGCCGUGACGCCACUGCCGGCAUCGCCUCGGUGCGAUCGCUGCCCGCAGCCCCGGCCGCCCCUCGGUGCCGGUGCCGGCCAUGAGCAAGCGCAAAGCUCCCCAGGAGAGCCCCAACGAGGGCAUCACCGACUUCCUCACCGAGCUGGCCAACUACGAGCGCAACGUGAACCGGGCCAUCCACAAGUACAACGCGUACAGGAAAGCGGCCUCGGUCAUUUCUCGGUAUCCCAGCAAGAUCCAGAGCGGGGCUGAAGCCAAGAAGCUGGAUGGAGUGGGUGCUAAAAUAGCUGAAAAGAUAGAUGAGUUCUUAUCCACUGGAAAACUACGGAAAUUGGAAAAGAUUCGGCAAGAUGAUACAAGUGCUUCUAUCAAUUUCCUGACACGAGUCACUGGCAUUGGCCCUGCUGCUGCCAGGAAGUUUGUUGAGGAAGGAAUUAAGACUUUAGAAGAUCUAAGAAGAAUUGAGCACAAGCUGACCCAUCACCAGCGAAUUGGGCUGAAAUACUUUGAAGACUUUGAGAAGAGAAUCCCGAGGGAAGAAAUGCUGCAAAUGCAGGAAAUUGUGCUCAAAGAGGUGAAGAAACUGGACCCAAGCUACAUUGCUACAGUCUGUGGCAGUUUUAGGCGAGGUGCAGAGUCAAGUGGUGACAUGGAUGUUCUCCUGACCCAUCCCAGUUUCACAUCAGAAUCAUCCAAACAGUCAAAACUUUUGCAUCAGGUUGUAGAGCAGCUGGAAAAAGUCCACUUUAUCACAGAUAUGCUGUCUAAAGGUGACACCAAAUUCAUGGGUGUCUGUCAGCUGCCAGCUCAGGAGGAUGGAACAGCUUUUCCACAUCGCAGAAUUGAUAUCAGGCUUAUCCCCAAAGAUCAGUAUUACUGUGGUGUGCUGUACUUCACAGGCAGUGAUAUAUUCAACAAGAACAUGAGAGCCCAUGCUCUGGAAAUGGGCUUCACCAUCAAUGAGUACUCCAUCCGGCGCCUGGGUGUUACUGGAGUUGCUGGAGAGGCCUUGCCAGUGGAAUGUGAAAAAGACAUUUUUGACUACAUCCAGUGGAAAUACCGAGAGCCAAAGGAUCGGAGUGAAUAACAAACUGCUGGCUGGGUUUAUAGCCCACAGAGGUGUUUUCAUAGCUUCUUACAAAGAUGUGAGAGUGCACAGUCUGACUUGGAAUACUACUUGAAAAACUCUGUAUUACUGAUGUCUAAAGCAAGUCCAUGGCACUUGAGCAGAGCAGAAUGUGUCGUGAAGAUAAAUCCUGUGAGAUUGCGUUUUCAUAUAGUCACAGAAUAAUUUGGGUUGGUAGGGACCCCUGAAUGUCUGUAGUCCAGUCCCCCUGCCAUGAGCAGGGCCAUCUUUGACUAGAGAAGAUUGCUUAGAGCCCAGUCCAGUCUGACCUUGAAUGUUUCUGGGAUGGGGCAUCUCUUUUUGUAUCUUAGAUAUAUGUAGACACCAGAUUGAAAAAGCCCAGGCUAUAUCUGAAGUACCCUAAAAGUACCAUUUUCAACUACUCUCUGUAUCUCCUCUCACCUGUGUGAAGUGUCUUGGUGCAGUGCUGAAGCUCAUGAAGAGCUGUGUACUUAAUUCUGCAAUCUUUCAGUGUGGGCUGUAUGCUAAGGUGCAUGUGAGCUGUGACUUUUGUUUCUAGCCAUGUUUGGUGCUGUUGAUUGCAGUGCUGUGUUUCCUUUGCUUGGCCUGAUUAAUUGAUGCAUUGCUACCUCUCCUGUAGAUUCACUCUGCCCUUUUUUAUAUGCAAACCUGUCAAAUCUUAUUUUACACCUCCCCUUUAAAUGCUGGGAAAGGCAAUGAGUAUUUUGGAUGGGAGACGAGGCCUCUGCAAGAUUGCAUUUACUGGUUGUGUUUGGGACAGGGGUUCUGUUGUUUAACUUCAAAAUUUCCAAAGUAACAACUGCUAGCUUCCAUGAGUUACAGAGCAUCAGCAUGGAAUGUAUUGCUGCUGCUGCAUUUGAAUACUUUAUUUCAUCUCACUUAAUUGCUCAACAAUUCAAUUUUCAACUUGUUCUUAUACAAGAAGAGUUAUCAAUCUUAGUAAUGGAGAUGACAGGCUGAUGCUCUUACUUACCAUUUGUUUUUUCCAUUUUUCUUUUUAGGAGUUUUAAUUCUUUUCUGGGAAUGUUCCCCAGGGCUAAUGCAUGUAGUGGUAUGUAAGAAAACUCGAAGUUAACUUGGUGCUAUGUAAAGUAAUUUGAUGCCUCAUUGUAAAAAUACAUAGCUGAUAUAUUUAGUAUUUUCUUCAGUAAUCAGUGGGAAUAAACAAAUUGAAUAUCCCA